AUGAAAACUCGGGGACAGAAGACCGAAGGUUAAAAAGUCGAUCGACAGGAAAUUCCCGCGAUGAUGAAACGUCCCGUGUUCCCGAAUCUGGAAAAGGUAACUUCCGUUCUUUCGUAAUAUAUCAUCAACGGAAUAACAGGGAAUCGAGCGCUAAUCGAAAAAUAAAACGCUUUCACUAUCUCCCACGUUUCCGUCGUAUGUAACACGUAACGCCAAUUCCAUCGAUACCUGCCACACGAGCGGAAAAACUGUAUCGAUGACCAGUCGAUCCUCAGUCUUGCACAGCUCACGAUUCAAAGACAGAAAGUAACAACUUAUUCGAUCAAAUGACGUAAAUCACGUUUCCAAUGUGUUUCGAAAUUUGAGACUCAAUUACGGGGUGUCACAGUGAUCGUAACGGCAAGGGACUUUCAUUUGCAGGCGGUCACAGCACGUUCUUCGGCAUGCUCAACACAUUUGUACAUAUCGUGAUGUACUCGUACUACUUCCUGGCCGCCUUCGGGCCCAAGAUACAGCCAUACCUCUGGUGGAAGAAAUAUUUGACCGCCCUGCAGAUGGUGCAGUUCAUCCUUGUGAUGGUCCACGCUUUCCAACUUCUCUUCAUCGAAUGCGACUACCCGAAGGCGUUCGUCUGGUGGAUCGGAAUGCACGCGAUCAUGUUUUACUUCCUGUUCCGUGACUUCUAUGUUCAGACAUACAAGAAGAGUAAAACAACAGCUGCCACGUCGUCGGUGAAUAAGGAAACCAAGGUGAACCAAGAGAACGCGAAACAACAGAACAGCGAGAGGGAGAACGGCAAGAUGUACGCGAACGAGUAUAAAAUGGCAACUGGCUACAUCUCGGACAGUGGCCUCAGGAAUCGCGUGUUUAUCGACAACCGCGGUUUCCAGGAAUAA